CAUGUAUCUCAUAUGGAGCUUUUGACAGAUGUUACCAUCACCAUCGAUCCAACCAAUGAUUUAUCAUUUAGAUACCAAUCGGAUAAGAUUCAAGAAUUUACAACCAUCCUUCGAAGAUAUAAUUCACAAAAUAUUCUUCUCAACAUUUGUGAAAAGGACAGCAUUGUUACCAUUUACAACAAAGAAUCUUUAAAUUUUUAUCAUAAGCAACAUCUUGAUGUAAAAAAUGUCAAGGUCCAAGAGAGUAAGGUAGAUAUCAGGAAAGAUCAAAUCGAGCUAACACAGAAGGAAAUCAAAAAAUUAAUGUUUAAAUAUCUGAAAAAAGCCAUUACCGCGAGUGCCAAUUCAAAAAAUUUCUUCAAUGAUACAUUCAGAAAGAUGAAAGAUGAUAAAACUGAAAACUACAUUGAUCAAUUAAAAUAUUUUCAUGGGAAUAUGAUUUUCAACGACGAGACACUUAAAAUGAUCGCAGAAACUGUUGAGGAAUUUUUCGAUA